AGUGCAGCUAGCAAGGUUGGCGCACCAAGCGGGGACGGCGCACCAGGCGGGGACGGCACACCAGGCGGGGACGGCACACCAGGCGGGGACGGCACACCAGGCGGGGACGGCACACCAGGCGGGGACGGCACACCAGGCGGGGACGGCACACCAGGCGGGGACGGCACACCAGGCGGGGACGGCACACCAGGCGGGGACGGCACACCAGGCGGGGACGGCACACCAGGCGGGGACGGCACACCAGGCGGGGACGGCACACCAGGCGGGGACGGCACACCAGGCGGGGACGGCACACCAGGCGGGGACGGCACACCAGGCGGGGACGGCACACCAGGCGGGGACGGCACACCAGGCGGGGACGGCACACCAGGCGGGGACGGCACACCAGGCGGGGACGGCACACCAGGCGGGGACGGCACACCAGGCGGGGACGGCACACCAGGCGGGGUCGGCACACCAG